GAAAUUCAUGAUAGAAAGUCGUCUAUUAGCAGUAAAUUGUUAUAGAACUUAAAAUCCUAAAGUUCAAAUCAAGUUGUCCUCAGAAUAAAAUGUCAAAAGCUACAUUUGAUCCAGUCAGCAAAAUUUGGCAUGGACCAAAAGUUCCAUCAAUCUACAAUCCCGAUCAGAACCUUGGUCAACUUAUUCUUAAAAUCCUUCAGCAAACUCCAGACUCAGUCACUCAAAUCUCAGCAGACACUGGUGUGUCAGUGACUUGUCAGCAAAUGUACGAUCGAUCCAUAAAAUUUGCAAAAUAUUUGACAAAAUGUGGAAUGAAGGAAGGUGACUUAAUCGGAUUUGUGACAGCUAAUACUGAAAAUCUUGCUCCAAUUGUCUUUGCAUGUUUCACAUUGGGACUUCCUGUUAACCCAUUAGCUCCAGUAAUGAAUGAAAAAGACAUCCUUCAAAUGUUUUCAAUGACGAAGCCGAAAAUGAUUUUUUGUGAUGCUGAAAAUGUGAAAAUUGUGCAAAAUGCUGUGAAUUUGAUGAAAAGUGAAGCAGCAGUAAUGACUGUCAUGGAUAAAGUUGAAGGUUUUGAGUGUGCGACUGAGAUUUUAAAGGAAAUGAAAAGUGAAAGUUUUGAAAAUAUUCAGUUCCAAUUAAUCGAUUCAAAUUCAACAGCAGCAAUUCUAUGUUCAUCAGGAUCGACUGGAUUUCCAAAAGGAAUCUGCAAGUCUCACAAGCAGUUAAUUUCAGAUUUUCAUCAAUUAUGGUCAAUCAGAAAUGGAAAGACACAAAUAACAUUUCAGGCAUCACCAAUAUUUUGGCUUAGUGGAUUUUACAUGUUAGUUGCAGCCUCGAUUUAUCGAUGUAUAAGAGUCAUUACUACACAAACUCUUCACCCAGAAGUGAUAUUAGAUAUCUUAAAUAAAUAUAAAGUAUCAGUUUUCCUUACACAGCCGUACACACUUGUCGCACUUAUGCAACUUAAGCACUUCAAGCCAAUUGAGAGCAUGCAAUGUAUGUUUGUAGGUGGAUCAGUUAUUUCUAGCAAAUCAUGUGAAGAGUUCAAGCAAUUCAUACCAAAUGGAAAACUUUUCAUUUUAUAUGGCAGCACUGAGGAGAACUUCUUGUCGUUUAAUGAUUCUGAUAAGAAUUUUGGAAGUUCUGGCUUUGUGAUUAAUAAUGUUCAAUUAAAGAUCAUUGAUGACAAUGGAAACUCUUUAGGACUAAAUCAGCGUGGAGAAAUCCACAGUAAAAUUCCAGUGCAAUUCUCAUGCUAUUAUGAAGACCCAAUCAAGACAAAAGAAGCAUUUGAUGGCGAAUGGUUUAAAUCUGGUGACAUUGGAUACUUUGAUGAUCAAGGAUAUCUCUACGUAGUCGACAGAAAGAAGGAACUCUUAAAAUACAAAAACUAUCAAGUCACACCAUCAGAAAUUGAAGCUAUCAUCAAUGUAAUUAAUGGAGUCUCAAGUAGCUGUGUUGUAGGAGUUCCUGAACCAAAUACUGGCAAUGACAUUAUUCAUGCAUUUGUGAUUAUUGACAAAGAAGCUAGCCUUGAUAAACAAUUUAUAUUAAACUAUGUCAAUGAAAAAGUAAUUGAUCCGAAACGGAUUCGCGGAGGUGUUCACAUUGUUGAUGCAUUUCCACUUGGCAUGACUGGAAAGGUUGAUAGGAAGAAGGUUAAGGAAAUGGCAGGGAAACAUGGAAAUCAAUAAAAUUGUUAAUUCUACAAAAUAUUAGGUCAAAUAAAGUUAUUUUGAAUAAUAAAUACGAUAAUGAUUAAGAUCGGUGGGAUUCGUACUUUAAUGAUUAAUUUUUAUCACCUUCUUACCGCAACAACUUACAUCAAUCUCGGUUAUCAUCACAUAAAACAAACAGUUUAAAGAUUCAUUUAUAAAUGACAUUGA